AUGGCGUCCGUCUUGCUGCAGCGCUGUCACCCCCAGGCGCCCGCCCUGAGGGGUGGUCUGCGAUGUACCGACAUCGUGCGGCUGGUGAGCCGUGUGCACGAUCCAUUUGGCUGCAGUGCUCCUGUCCACCCUGCGUGCCUUUCCUUCCGCGGCCGUCACCUCAGCGCUUGGCCUCCGAGGCCCGAGCAUUGGCGUGCUGUGGCUGCAGCGCCAUGUUUGGUUGUCGCGGGACCUCUGGGCCUUCCUGCGUGCUGCUGGCACUCCUCGUCCCCUCUUGGCAAUGACUCCGCACUGAAGCCCCCCACGUCCCCCAAGGACAAGAACAAGAAGCUGGAGGAGGGAGGGCCCGUGUACAGCCCCCCUGCGGCGGUGCCGGUGACGCCAGUCUGGCGGCGGGUCCUGGACGGGCUGAAGCACUAUUACCGCGGCUUCCGCCUGCUCUGGAUCGACACCAAGAUCGCCGCGCGCACGCUCGGGAGGAUUCAGAGGUUUGUCCGGGUCUGUGCUGACCUCUUCCGCCUGGUCCCCCUCCUCGUCUUCAUCGUGGUACCAUUCAUGGAGUUCCUGUUGCCCAUCGCGGUGAAGCUCUUUCCCAACAUGUUGCCAUCCACAUUUGAGACCCAGUCCAUCAAGGAGGAGAGGCUGAAGAAGCAGCUGCGGGGGAAGCUGGAGAUGGCCAAGUUUCUCCAGGACACCCUCGAGGAGAUGGCCUUGAAGAACAAGGCAGCCAAGAGGAGUGCCACCAAAGAUUUUUCUGCGUUUUUCCAGAAGAUCCGAGAGACAGGGGAAAGACCCAGCAAUGAAGAAAUCAUGCGUUUUUCCAAAUUAUUCGAGGAUGAGUUGACCCUGGAUAACCUAACACGGCCCCAGCUGGUGGCACUGUGUGAGCUGUUGGAUCUCCAGGCCAUUGGUGUGGACAACUUCCUGCGUUUCCAGCUCACCAUGAGGCUGAGGUCCAUAAAGGCUGACGACAAACUGAUUGCUGAGGAAGGAGUGGACAGCCUGAGCAUCAGGGAGUUGCAGUCUGCAUGUGGGGCUCGAGGCAUGCGGGCCCUUGGGGUCACAGAAGACCGUCUGAGGGGCCAGCUGAAGCAGUGGUUGGACCCGCACCUGUAUCAGGAGAUCCCCACAUCACUGCUUUUAUUGUCCCGAGCCAUGUACCUCCCAGACACCCUCUCCCCUGCUGACCAGCUCAAAUCCACCUUGAAGACCCUUCCAGAGAUCGUGGUCAAGGGAGCCCAGGUGAAUGUGUCCAAGAUUGAGGGUGAGCAGGUGGACAACAAGAUUAAGUUGGAGGCCACACUGCAGGAGGAAGCAGCCAUCCAGCAGGAGCACCGGGAGAAGAAGCUGCAGAAGCUCUCUCAAGCAGCAAAGGAAACGGCAGAAGCCACCCCUGGGAGGCCAGUGGCUGAUCAGCAGCCAGACGUGCCUGAUGUGAUCCUGCCAUCAGAAGCCCUGAAAGACACUGCCCCUGUGCUGGAGGUCUUGAAGGAAGAGGAAAUAACUAAGGAAGAUAUUGGCAUACUCAGUGAUGCCUGUUCUAAACUGAAGAAGCAAAAGAAGUCCCUAACCAAGGAGAAGGAGGAGCUGGAGCUACUAAAGGAAGAUGUCCAGGACUACAGUGAGGACUUGCAAGAGAUAAAGAAGGAACUUUGAAAGACCAGCAAAGAAAAAUAUGUGGAAAAAUCUAAAGCCAGCAAAAGACUGACAAAGAGAGUGCAAAAGAUGAUUUCCCGGAUAGACACCUUGAUCUUGCAGUUGGAGACAGAUCAGAAGGCUGGCGAGCUGGGCCCAGCAGAGGGCUCACCUGCUGAGGAGAAAUUCAUGAGGAUCACUGACCUCAUCAGUGUCAUGAAGCAAAUCAAACAAAUCCCAGAAAACAAGCUGAUCAUCUUGGCCACAACACUGGAUAAAAAUAAGGAUGGCAAGAUCAAUAUCAACAACCUCAUCAAGAUGACUGAGCUGGUGGACAAAGAAGACAUUCACAUCUCUACCAGCCAGGUGGCUGAGAUUGUGGCAAUGCUGGAGAAGGAGGAGAAGGUGGAAGAGAAGAAGGCUAAGGAAAAGGUUGCAAAGGAGGGUGCAGAAGUGAAGAAUUAA